AGUUCGCUUUUUAAACUCGUCUAUUUUGUUUCUUCUGCUUAUUUCCUUUCCCCCCCUACACUGUCGCUCUAAUAUAUAUUUUUUUCAUUCCAUGUAGUUUUCUAUUUUUUGUUUUGUGAGCCUGUCUAUUGCGUUAACGCGAACGAAGCUCGUCUGCUGCAGCGGCGGACGCGUUCCUCCCGCCUUUUCGCUCGCUUCUUUGUGCUGCUGCUGCCGUGUGCGUGCGUGUGUGUAUACGCCGCGAAGGCGUCCCCUUUUUUGUUUUGGGUUUGCCGGAGCCAGCCAACAAUACCGACGACCAGCAGCAGCAAGUAGGGUCCGGCGGUCCGUUCAGCGUACUGGGCCGCCGUACCGCAGGCUGGAGACCGCUUCAUUUUUGAGUUGAACGUCCACCACCACCGCGCUUCUUCGCCGAAAGCUCCCAACAGCGCAUGCCGCCCGCCUCCCACGUACCGUCGUCUGUUGUUGUGCCGCUCGCCGAAUGCCUGUGUUGGCGAGUCGCUCGUGUGACGUUGUGUUCUGCGUCGUGUGAUGGUGCGCUCUCGUCCUUCUUCUGAGAGGUGUUGAUCGCGCGGUGCCGACGAAACAAGAGCCCGCGGUGGUGGCGAAGCGAUGCGUCGCCGGCGAAGGGUGCCCUGAGCGGUCGUCGGACCUGUUACUGCGGUUGCGGCGGCUUCAGGGCUAUGCCGUGUUUCUAAGCAUCGUAUGUGUCGGGAACUGAGGGCCCCGGCCGAGCCAUCAAGACGCUUCGAUGGUAGGAACGGUAGAUGCGGUUAUUGCGGUGGACGCCACCACCUCCGCCACCUCGGCGGCGGACGGCGAGGUGUUUGCACACAAGUCUGGGAUGCAGCAGCACUCUCGGGAGGCGCACCGGGGGGAGCUGAAGCCGCACCAGUGUGGCCAGUGCCUCAAGUCCUUCUCGUCGACGCACCAGCUGGCGCAGCACGUGCGCAUCCAUACGGGGGAGAAGCCCUACAAGUGCUCGUACUGCGAGCGCCGCUUCAAGCAGCUCUCUCACGUCCAGCAGCAUACGCGCCUGCACACGGGGGAGCGUCCUUACAAGUGCCACCUGCCCGAGUGUGGCCGAGCCUUCAUCCAGUUAUCGAACCUGCAGCAGCAUUUACGAAAUCAUGACAGCCAGAUGGAACGUGCCAAGAGCCGACCCUUCCACUGCAACAUUUGCGGCAAGGGCUUCGCGUCGGAUAGCAGUCUGCGGACUCACAGAUCCAAGCAACACGCAGCGCUGAUCGGAGGAGCGGCGUCGCAGUCUUGCCCGAUCUGCCACAAGAUCUGCGUCAACGCUGAAGCCCUGAUGGAGCACAUGCGCGCCAACCACAGGGAACUACAGACAUCCUCGGCGGCCGCCACGGCUGCGACGCCAAGUAUAAUGUGGAGUGGCGGCGAUGUGCCCAGCAGCUCGCAGCCACCAGAGGAUCCAGGCAAGCGACGGUCCUUGACCCAUGUGUGCCCAGUGUGCGGGAAAGCGUAUGUGAACGAAGGUUCCCUGCGCAAACACGUCAGCAGCCACCCAGAGAUGGCGUCGCUGGCGUCCCCGAUCCGCAUGUGGCCCUGCACGGUGUGCCACAGCGUCUUCACACAGGAGUCAGGGCUCCUGCACCACAUGGAGCACAUGCGCAUGGACCCCAAGCACCAGUUUGCAGCCCAGUACCUGCUGAGCCGAGCAGCCGCAGAGCGCAGGGAGAAGGAAGGGGGGCCCUCGACCGCUCCACAGAUGCUGUCCCCCUCACAACAGCCACAGCAGCAGCCACAGCAGCAGCAGCAGCAGCAGCAGCCACAGCAGCAGCCACAGCAGCAGCAGCAGCAGCAGCAGCAGCAGCAGCAGCAGCAGCCACAGCAGCAACAGCAGCCGCACGGCGCGGGGAACAACAACGUUGCGGCAACAGUGGGCGUGCUCACCGCCUCCUCCCUGGCGGCCCUGCAGGCUAGCCACAUGGCGGGACACUGAGCCAGGGCACGCCACACUGCGGAACUUCUCAGGUGCAAGUCGCCAGGACAGUGUCCCUCCGGGCACAAAUCGCAGCGACAGACAAGAGAGAAGCCAUCCGACAUCCCCGUAGCCACAACUUUCCGGUUUCACUCUUCUUUUUUUUAUCCUCGUCAACUCUCCGUCUGUUUCUUCUUCUUGUGGUUUUUGCAGUUUGGCGGGUGGACAGAUGGUUUUCAUGACUUUGGAAAAUGCGUGCAGAGGAAGAGACGGGCGUGUACAAUGAGUUGGGUAGAUCGACAAUGUUUGCAGUCUCUGUGUUUUUUUCUCUUCUUAUAUAUCAGUCUGGAGCAAAUAGCUUUGGACAUCAGCCUGGUUGACAGGUUGGCGUGGAGGAAGAAGAAACAAAAUGGCGCUCAAGGCUUGCAACUUUGCCGGUGAUGCGUGACCGCGGUCGACGUUUCAGUAGUGUGGUUCAAUUCAAAUUUUGAAAAGCACUUGUUGAUCACUGUUUGCUUAGAGAACUGGCUUGUUGGAUUCGCUGGAAAAGUUGAGUGAUCCAAAAACAUUAAAAAAUAGAAAAAGACCAGGUUUUAGUAUCUGUUACCACUAGUGUCAUUGCUGCUUACACUGACAACAUCCCGGCGAUUUCAGUUCUUAGCUUGUUUUGGGGUUUGUAGAAGUCUGUGUGACUCAAGAAAAAAAAAAGAAGCCAUGCCAUAGUAGGGAGACGAUGGGUGUUGGUGAUGUGGUCUUACGUCUAUUUCUUGCUCCUUCCGGUGUACAUACAGUCUCAAUGGGUCAUCCCUGCCUCUUUUAUGCAGCAUUUCGGUUGCAUGUCGAGUCUUCCUUUUCCGCGAGGUAGUGAGCACUUUGUGACUUUUAUAAAAUUUUAAUUGUAGACAACUCUGAUUCGUUAUUGCCUUGUAGCUUGAACGAAAAUAAUUUUUUUUUAUACUAUGAACUAUAGUGAUUGGACUUUGAAAUCAGCUCAAAAUGUCCCAAUCACGACUAGCCAGCUACAUUCACGACAUCAAAAAUAAUCAUUCUCUCAUUGAUGGAAGACGGUGCAAACUGAUUGCGACUUCUUAAAUGAGUUCUCAGAUAUUCGUCAAAGCUGUCUCGAUUUCUCGACGUGUGCCCACAUUGUAAUUUCUGUUUGGUUUUGGUGAGUUUGUUGCAGCAAACAGUCACUACAACCUUGAAUGAUGAAUAACUGUUGUUUGAAAACAAAAACAAUUACGAGCAAUGCCACUUUUUUUUUGCAUCAAUUUGGACAAUUUUUUUAUGACUCAUUCACAAACAUCUCUUGAUCCUCCUGCAGCCGAAACCAAAUGCUGAAUGAGGUAAAUACAUUUUUACGUUGCACUCGAGUUAAUUUUUAUGUUUGUUUCUGUCUCGUGUUUGUACAUAUAUAUAUAUACACAUAUCUAUCGGAUUAAACACCUAGGAACGCGUAGCACGAACCACUGGUGAUCGAAAUCAAAAUCUUUAUCAUCUGGCAACUUCUGGCAACUUUGUCAGCUUCUUCACUACUAAAAGGAAUGUUGCUACAAGGAAACUGUCCAAAUUGUACUUGUAUAACAACAUCCGAGGUUCCAUGUAACUGCCAUUGUUGCUAUUGAUGCGCUUUAGCCAGUAGUAUUCUGAGGUGCAUUUUGUCAAAGUGUGUACAUAUGCUCUGUUGGUGUGCCUGUUUUCAUUUCACAUUGAGGCACAUCCUUCAUUCUGAUUGUGUAGUCUUGGUAGCUUGAGAUUUUAGCUUUCAUCCCUUUUGCUUUGUAACGGUGCUGAAGUUUCUUUGGCAGGAUUUAAGCACUUGCCCUCCCCCUCUGUAAUUGGAGUGUAGCACCCGUAUGUCUUGAGUUUGUCCUUUCCACUUGAACUUAUUACGGUUUCAGAGCCAAUAAAGCCUGUGCAACUUGAA